AUGAUAGCCCCAGCACGCACAAUACCAAACCUCAGCGCGGCCGCGCUGCGAACCUACCUCUCCGCCCCGGCGCCGCGGCCGCUCGUCCUCCCGGGCCUCGUGGGGCACUGGAGCGCCAGCGCCGAGUGGCAGAGGCCCGACUUCGGGGCACUCCGGCGGCAGGUCGGCGAACACACCGCCGUCGAGGUCGAGCUCGCGCCCAGGGGGCGGGGGUACCUCGACGACCGGUGGGCGCGGCACACGAUGGGUUUUGGUGCGUAUGCUCAGCUCUCCCAGCUGACGCCAGGCCUCUUCCUCGACGCGUUCGUCCUGCACAAGAUCCCCUCGGCCGACCCCGCCGCCUUGCCAGUCGGAUACCUCGCCCAAGCGGACCUGCUCGACUCGCCCUCCGCGCCGCAGCUCGCGGCUGCCGCGCCGCCGCUGGAGCACUAUGCCACCGGACCGAGGGGAGACGUGUACCGGCGCAACCUUUGGGUCGGGCCCGCGGGGAGCUUUACGCCGUUCCACCGCGAUCCGAACAUUGGGCUGUAUACCCAGGUCGCUGGCGCAAAGGUGUUCCACCUCCUCCCUCCGGGCGCUCACGCUGGGCCCUCGGCGCCAGUGUUCGAGACGAGCAAGAAGCGGGGGAAUACCAGCCGCUUACCGGUCGCUGUUGGCGCGCUGCUCGGAGGAGAAGGGGAGGGGGACGGGGCGGGUCUCGAGGGCAUGGACGAGGCUGAGCGGACACGCUGGCGCUCGGCCCUCGCUGCUGCGUUCGAGCUCGACGGCGCGUGCGAGGCCCGCCUUAGCCCGGGCGACUCGGUGCUCAUCCCCGAGGGGUGGUGGCACUCUGCUGUUGGGCUCGACGCCGGCGUGGGGGUCAAUGCGUGGUUUAGGUAG